AUGGAACAAAAUAAUAACAAAGAGAUUGCAAGCUGCGUAAAAGCAGCUGUUCGUGUUCGCCCUUUGUCGAGUAGUGAAAAACAAGAUUUAUGUCAAACAUGUGUUGAAGUUCAACGUUCGACAAAUGAAAUCAUUUUGGCAAACAGUACCGCAUUCACAUUCGACUAUGUAUUCUUACCUGAAGCUAAUCAAGAUGAUUUGUACAAGGAGUGUGUGCAUGAUAUGAUUGAAGGAUGUUUUCAAGGCUACAGUGCAUCGAUAUUAGCGUAUGGUCAAACAGGUAGUGGUAAAACAUUUACAAUGGGUAGUGGUAUUGAAUAUAUGGAUCCUACGAAAGAAGGCAUUAUUCCUAGAGCAAUCAUUCAUAUCUUUCAACGUUGUGCCAGUUAUGAACGGCAAGCAGAAGAACAAAAUAUUUCAUUAGCAAAAUGUGUUGUUUCAUGUCAAUUUAUCGAAAUAUAUAAUGAACAAAUAUUCGAUUUAUUUAAUAAAGAAAAUAUUGAUUGUCGUACACAAAAACAUGUUGAUAAACAUGUUGUAUUUGAAAAUACAAAUGGUGAAAUAACAGUUAGUAACAUUACAACAAGAUUCGUUACAUCGGCGAAUGAAACAUUGGAAUGUUUAAAAGAAGGAGCACUAAGUCGAACAACAGCUGCUACUCGAAUGAAUAAUGUUUCUAGUCGUUCUCAUGCCAUAUUUACAGUAACACUUCAAUUCGAUCGUGCCGUUCAGUCAACAAAUUCAACUGCAACUUCGAGCGAUAUCCGGGAACAUAUACGAGCAAAAAUUCAUUUUGUUGAUUUAGCCGGUUCAGAAAGCUUAAAGCGUACAGGUGCGACUGGUCUGCGUGCAAAAGAAGGGAUUAGCAUCAAUAGUGGUCUAUUAGUUCUCGGCAAUGUUAUUAGUGUUUUGGGUGAUCCAUUGAAAAAAGCAGCGCAUGUUCCAUACCGUGACUCAAAACUAACUCGUCUUCUCCAGGACUCUUUAGGUGGUAAUAGUCGUACGCUGAUGAUAGCAUGUAUUUCACCAGUUGAUCGUGAUUUUUCGGAAACAAAAAGCACAUUGAAUUACGCACAACGAGCACGAAACAUUAGAAACCGUGUGAAAGUCAAUCAAGAUAAACACAGUCGGCAAGUUGUGCAAUUGCAAAUGGAAAUUGAAAGAUUACGAGCAAUAGUCGAAAAAUAUGAACGUCCAGCGUCUGAAUUUGAUUCAGCAAGUAAUAGUGUAUUGAGUAUUGAACUUGAUCGUAUUCGAUCAUAUGUUUACACAAUACAACGUACAAUAGAGGAAACAAAUACGGCUUCAUUAACGUUAAAGGAAGAUUUAGAAUUGAUCCGUAACCAUCGUCAACAUGAUCAACAACCACAGAAAGAUACCCUUGAAGAUAAAUGCACAUUAUUAGGCGAGCAAUCGUUUGAUUAUGACGAAGCACUUAAGCAAUGUUUAAUGAAAAGUGAAGAAAUACAAUGUCGGCUGUCUCGAAUGAUUGAUGUUAGCAAUGUUCUUCAACGAAAAAGUCCAAUAGCUAAUCGACGACGAAGUCGUUUAUCAACAAGAUCAUUUUCAUGCGAUCAAUCAAUUGCAACCGACUAUCAAACGCCAAAUGAUGAACUCCAACCGUGUAUUGAAGAUAUUCGACUACAAAUCGAUCGUUUAAGACAAGAACAACAGUUAAUUCGAGAAAGUGGUUCUGCUAAAAAAGGACUGUGUUCAUCGACUAUUCCUGGUUCACCACAAUCACCCAGUGAGACACAUGUUCAACCAAUAAGAUAUCCAUUGUAUACAAAUUCAUCUGAACCACAGUUGGAACUUAUGCCAAUUGAAGAACAUGAACCAACACCAGGAAGUGAUGAUGAAGAUGAACAAAACGAUCAAGAGAAUGAAAAUGAAAAUGAAAAUGUUCAAAUAUCAGAUCAACAGGAACAAAAUGCACAAGAAGAAAAAUUAGUUCUUAUAACAACGGAAAUCAAUCAAAAACAGCGUUGUCUAGAAGCGUUAGAAAAUGCACGAAAACGUAGUGAUGUUGUUCGUCUACGUUAUGAAGAGAAAAUUAAAUUGCUACAAGAACGUAUUUCACAUGCUGAAGAAGAUAAACAGUCGGCUGUAACAAAAUUCACAUCAUGUAGUCGUGAUACACAAAAUCUUGAAGAAUUAAAAUUGGCACGUCGUGAUUAUGAAGAUAAAAUACGUCGGCUUGAAAUUGAAAAUAAUGAAUUAUCAGCGCUCCGUGCUCAAUACGCUGUUUGUAUUAAAGAUGGUGAUUAUUAUAAACGUGAAUUAGCAAAACAUAAUAAUGAAAUGAAAGAUUUAAGAAAAAUGAAAGUACAAUUAACACGUGAACUUCGUCAAGAAUUUAAUCGUCAUCGACAAGCAGAACAAGCUCGUGCACGAGAAAUAGCUACAUUAAAACGAACUCAAGUACAAAAAGAAAAUGAAAUUCGAACAUUACGUGCAGCACAUAAACAAAAAGAAAUAAUAUUGAAAAGAAAACAAGAAGAAGUUCAUUUACUUCGUCGUCAGAUGCGUACAGCUCGAAUGAGAAAAACAACAAAUGAAAUGGCUGCCCAUUUUUCAUCGAUUCAUCAAGGAGUAAGAAUUGCUAACGCUAUACGUCGUCGAAAACUGAUUGCAGGUGUUAAUCGCGAUAUGAAAUCGCUAAUUGAAAAUCGUGAGCGUAUAAGUAGAAAACGUGAACGUUAUCUGCAACGUUUGAGUUCAGCAAUUGUGACGAACAAUGAUCAAAAGUCUGAUGAUCAAGCGUGUAAACUACGAGAAAAGAUAACAAAAUUAGAAAGUAAUAUUACAUAUUUAAAUUCUCAAAUUGCUUCCUGUCAACAAUGUUUAAUGGCUUAUGAUGAAGAAGAUACAACCGAAUUACAAGGACCAGAUCCACAAUUGAUUGUCGACUGUGUUACGGAUACAGAUGAAUUACGUUAUUUAUUAACGAAAAUGAUUGAACAAACUAUUGAAAAAGGUUUUGAAGCCGAAGAAGCGAAUGAAAUGAAAGAUGAAUUACAAACAGAAGUAAAUCAAUUUGAACGAACAAUACGUUUACAACAAGAAAUGAUUACGGCAUUGCCAACAUCAGCAAAUGCAACCACAAUAAUAUCAUCAGCAACAACGCCGAAUAGUUUGUCUUCUACAUCAACAGCUAAAAGACAAAAAACUUAUCACUCGUCAGCGAAAACAAAACGAAAAAAAUCCAGUGAUAACAAUAUUGAAGAUGAUUGUGAAUCAAUUGAUGAAAUUAUUUUGCAGCCACAUUGGGAAGACAAUGAAAGUACAGAUGACGAAACAGAAAUAGGCGAAGACGCGGAUGAUAGUGAUGAUGAUGAUCGACCACGUGGAAUACUUCAACCGAUUCCAGCUGUAGAUUCUCAACAACCAAAACAGCAGCCACUAUUGAAUAGUACUCCAGUCAACAAUCAUAAGCAACAAUUGCUGCCAAUAAAUACCUAUACAGUAAAGAAACCAAAUAGUAAUGCGGUACAAAUAUGA